CACACAACACAAUUAGAAGCGCUACUGUUGUCUUUGCACUGAGAAAGUUCUACGUGCUCGUCUAUGGGCUGAAUUAGUGAUCUAUACAGAUUACCAGCCAUUGACGACACUUCUUACAAGAACUAACGUCUCAAGCCGAAUUUUGCGCUGGGCGUUAGAAGCGCGGAAAUACAACGUCAAGAUAAUAUACUUCAAAGGAGCAGCCAAUAGAGUAGCUGAUGCUCUGAGUCCUGGUCCUGUUGACGAGAACUCCCUCACACUAAGCGCAGAUAAUAUCGUUGCGGCCGUAGCCGAAGAACCGAACUGGUUCAAGGAAUUACGCAACAAUGUAAUUUACAAAAACGUCAUCGAGAUCUUGGAACAGAGCAGAAUGGCGGAAGACGUGGUCUUCCCAAAUCGAGUUCGCAAAUUCAUGGUAGCAGAUUUCUCCAUGCACGAUGAGUAUCUUAACUUUAUUGACAACGGCGAUUUUCGCAAGGUAAUACCUCAGGCUCAUAGGAAAAGCGUGUUUCUGAAUGCACAUGCACCAUUACUAGCAGAACCUUUUUUUCGCGAAAAGUGUUGA